AUGGCACCUAUUAGAUUAGAGCAAAACACAAUUGAUGAGUCGGAUGAGUUAAGACUGAGACAGAAUGGAUUGAUUACCAUUUCUGAAUACAUAUUUAGGAGGCUUUCCCAGUUGGGUAUAGGAUCCGUGUUUGGAGUCCCGGGAGACUUCAAUUUAUCGCUAUUAGAUCACAUAUACUCUGUGAGAGAGUUGAACUGGAUUGGAUGCUGUAAUGAGUUAAAUGCAGCAUAUGCAGCAGAUGCAUACGCAAAGGCUUCAAAGCAAAUGUCGGCACUUUUGACCACGUUUGGUGUUGGAGAGCUUAGUGCAAUAAACGGAGUUGCAGGCGCUUACUCUGAGUUUGUUCCGUUAGUUCACAUAGUGGGGACAAGCUCUUUAAAGGAGAAGGAAAACUCGGAGCCAAAGAAUUUUCAUCAUUUGGUGGCAAACAGGAAGAUUUAUGAAAAACCAAACCAUUACAUAUAUCAGAAUAUUGCAACAAACUUCUCUGUUUCAUGUGCUUCUGUUAAUACAGAUGUCGAAUCUUCGUGUGACGAGAUCGAUAAAACUUUGGAAGCCAUUUGGGAACAAUCUCGUCCCGGUUAUAUAUUUGUUCCAUGUGAUUUAACAGAGAUGCCGGUUAAUGCCAGUCGGCUAGUGGAGAAGCCACUCCAGCUUAAAUAUACAUCAAAAUGCACCAGCGAUGAAGUUGAACAGAUCAGCAACCAGAUAUUGGAUUCGAUAUACCAGUCGCAGAAUGUUUCUCUACUAGGAGAUGUGUUCAUAUCUAAAUUCCGGAUGAAUGGGGUAUUUGGUAAGUUUGUGAACUUAUUGAAGGAAAAAGUGAACUUCUUCGACACGCCGAUGUCGAAAGGUAUAAUAGAUGAGAGUUUGAGUCGGUUUAUUGGUACCUAUUAUGGUAGGGCUGGCGAUGAUCGGAUUGCUGACGCAAUUGAGGCUUCUGAUCUCAUACUUAGGAUUGGAAACUUCGAUAAUGAGAUAAAUUCGGGUUUUUUCUCUGCACGCUUGCCUAAAGAUAAGACCAUUGAUGUCAACCCGCAGUACAUUCGGAUUGGAAAUGGCCCGUUGUUCACAAAUGUAACCAUGAUGGAUGUUCUUCCAAGAUUGGUUUCACUUGUGGACACAAGUAAGGUUAAUAAUGCGGUCCGAUACACAAACAUUCCAAAACAAACAGUCAGGAGUAUCAGAAACAGGAUGCGGGCACCAUUGACAGAAUGCGAUGUGGGAUCCUCAUUGGAAACUUUACUCCAACCAAAUGACGUAUUGGUUGUUGAAACUUGCUCAUUCAUGGUUGCUGCCACACGUUUAGAGAUGAAUGGAGCCAGUAUACUAAAUCAAUGCUUCUGGGGAUCUAUUGGAUACGCUUUGCCAGCAACAUUAGGUGCUGCCUUGGCAUUAAGAGACUUUCAUCUUCCCGGAAAAGUGAUCACGAUUGAGGGUGAUGGAUCAGCACAAAUGAGCAUUCAGGAACUCGGAACCAUGCUCAGAUACAAUAUAAGCGCCAUAUUGUUUAUUCUAAAUAACUCCGGAUAUACGAUUGAAAGAGCCAUCAAGGGUCCAUACAGAUCGUACAAUGAUAUAUGUCCAAACAUCCAAUGGACGCGACUACUAAAGACGUUUGGAGAUGUGUGCGAAAGAAGAUCGCGUUCUCAAAUUAUUGAUAAUGCUAAAAGUCUGAAUUCGUUAGCCAGGUCUGAAUUCUUUCACAACGACAAACGCUUGCAAUUGGUGGAGCUUCAUCUUCCAAAGUUUGAUGUUCCAAAUAGUGACAGCUUCGUUUGA